AGGCAGGCGCGCCCCCUCCCGGCCGCCAUGUUGGAUGGUGUGUGGGUGUCAAACCGAGGCAGACGCGGUGGCGGCUAGCAAGCUGAGAGGGUGGCCCCCCACUAGGCUCCUGCUCCUUCCCUUCGUCCCCUCCUCCCCCUGCGCCCCGCACUCGAGGGCCCCUGGGUUUCCGGCGCGGGGGGGGACCGGAGGAGGAGGAGAAGAGAAAAAGGGAAUGGUUAUCCGGGUUCGUAGGAAAAAUCAAGAAUCGCGCUUUCGUCUUUUCCCAGCUCUGGACGGCCAGAGGCCGAAGUUCUUGAUUCAGGGAGGCCGGCUCUUACGGAGAGGAGGGGGAGACGAGUUCCUACAGUCUUCUCCCCCUUGACCACGAGAUAGCGGAGGUCAUGGCUUACAGUUUUUUGCCUUUGAGUCUCAGAAGAAAAUGAUAUUAUAAGGGCCUUGCUUCAGAUCAUUCAAUGAUACAGAACCUUCAUAGGACAUAAACUUUCUGAAUACCAAAUUGCGUCUUUGUAAAGGGCUUUAAAAGUAUAACAGAAAAUAAAAAUGACGACUUCGUCUAUAAGACGGCAGAUGAAAAACAUUGUGAACAAUUAUUCAGAGGCUGAAAUUAAAGUUCGAGAAGCAACCUCCAAUGACCCUUGGGGUCCUUCUAGCUCUUUAAUGACUGAAAUAGCAGAUCUGACUUACAAUGUGGUUGCAUUUUCUGAAAUCAUGAGUAUGAUCUGGAAACGGCUAAAUGACCAUGGGAAGAACUGGAGACAUGUGUAUAAGGCCCUGACCCUCUUGGAUUACCUGAUUAAAACUGGCUCAGAACGGGUGGCACAACAAUGUAAGGAAAAUAUAUUUGCUAUCCAGACACUAAAAGAUUUCCAGUACAUUGAUCGAGAUGGUAAAGAUCAAGGAAUUAACGUAAGGGAGAAAUCUAAGCAGCUGGUAUCCCUUCUGAAGGAUGAUGAGCGACUUAAAAUUGAGAGGGCCCAAGCCCUGAAGACCAAAGAGCGCAUGGCUCAGGUGGCCACUGGGGUUGGUAGUAACCAGAUUACCUUUGGUAGAGGUUCCAGUCAGCCCAAUCUGUCAACUAGCUACUCUGAACAAGAGUAUGGCAAGUCUGGAGGCUCCCCAGCAUCUUACCAUGGCUCACCUGGAGCUGCACUGUGUCCCCAGCACUGUGCAGGUGCCCUAGUGAAUCAAAGUGAGGAUCUCCAUCAACUGAAUCACCACCAUCAUUUCCUGCAGCACUUUGGGUUUUCCUCCUUUCCAAAUAGUGACUGGCCCCAAUCCUGCUUAACUUGUGAUCUCACAGCCCAAGCUACCUCCCCUCGUGUUUCUUCAGAGCUGGAGCAAGCCCGACCUCAAACAAGUGGAGAAGAAGAACUUCAGCUACAGCUUGCAUUAGCAAUGAGCCGAGAAGUUGCAGAGCAGGAAGAACGUCUCAGACGUGGAGAUGACCUAAGGUUACAAAUGGCCCUGGAAGAAAGUCGUAGAGAUACUGUUAAAAUUCCAAGAAAGAAAGAGCAUACUACUCUUUUGGAUUUGAUGGAUGCUCUACCCAGUUCAGCUGCUGCCCCUCAGAAAGAAGAGCCAUGGGGAACAUCAACUGUAACAAAACAAACUGAUCCCUGGGGAGGAGCUGCAACUACAUCAACUACUUCUGACCCUUGGCAAUCAUUUGGUGCCAAAGCUGCUGUCUCUGACCCAUGGAGGGCACCUGCUGGAUCUUCUACUCAGUCACUUCCAAAGAACACAGAUCCAUGGGUACCUUCUCAGUCAGCUAGUGGAGUAGCAAAAGCUACCACAGAUCCUUGGGGACCAACAUCUGCUAACAAAACUAUUUCCACUUCUGGAUCUUUUGAUCUCUUCAGUAACUUGAAUGGUACACUUAAAGAUGACUUUUCUGAUUUUGACAACCUCCGAACCUCUAAAAAGACAGCUGAAUCCAUUUCUUCUCUACCAUCCCAAAACAACGGUACAUCAAGUCCAGAUCUCUUUGAUUCUCAAUCUGUGAAUUUGGUCUCAAGCAAACAGAGUGUCGCUCGGAAAACACCAGAGUCCUUCUUGGGUCCCAAUGCAGCCUUAGUGAAUCUGGACUCUCUAAUAACCAAGCCAUCACAACCUGUUCCUUCACUGAAUCCAUUCUUAGCUCCAGGUUCUUCCACAACACCCACUCCGGUCAAUCCUUUCCAGGUGAAUCAGCCUCAGCCCUUGACAUUAAACCAGAUGAGAGCAAGCCCCAUCAUGGGAACGAGUCCUUCUUUCACGUCGGUGUCCUCCGUGAGCAUGGAGCCGGCCCCUCUGCCGUCCGUUGCACCCGUGGCUGUUGGGAUGGCCCCAGUCCCGUCUUUGGGCAGCGUGACAUCUCUGACUAGGAUGGGCCAAGGGAUAGCCAUGGCAGGAUCCCUGUCCCAGCCUCUGCACAGCGCAGGAAUUCCUCCGCCUGCCUCCCAGGCUACAAGUACCACCAACCCUUUCCUCUUAUAACACCCCGGACGGACGGAGCUUCCUUUCCAGAACAUGUUGCAGAUUGAAGUCUUCGUUGGAGUAAAGCGAACAAAACUCUGUUUGGACUGAGUGGUGUGCGAGAGAUUGGAACAUCCGCGUGGGGUUGGCUUGGAGAAGUUUCCUCUGCUGGCUCAUGUGACCGGCCGUGGCAGAUGGUUCCUGGGUGAGCCCGAAGGGAAACUGGCCUCUGUGUGCCGGUCCUCAGUCCUCCGCCACUCCCGCUCCCUCCACGCGCCAGCAGACGUCCGACCAACGUGCUGUGCUCCAGAGCGUCCCCUGCGUCGCUGGAGAUCAACCGUAGAGGGCUGGGGAGGGCUUUUUGCACACAGCUACACAGUUCCUGACUGCUGGUUCACCCGUAGUCCUUAUUAGGAGAAUAGUUGGGCGUACAGAAGACCAGAUUUACACGUCAAGCAUUGCCACUUGCUUCUCCUGACUGGAUGCGGAAAGCAGGUUUGCUCCAAAGCUUCACUUGAGAGUUCUCUCGUUGUUAAGCCUGAGAUGGGACGUCUGCAGUGUUCAUCUUAUACACUACUAUCUGGGGACUCCUAGUGACCCUUCUGGGGAGAGCAUGCUACACUCGUGCUGAAUGAGGCUUCCGCUCUGUGCUUGUCCAGUAGUGACUCUCUGAAAGUUAUUGUGUGUAUUUUAUUUUUAUUUGACUUAUCACAUAAGUUGAAAGAAAAAAAUACAGUGGAACAACUCUUGAAUUAAAUUCACUAGGGCAAGCUUUCAAACUAAUUCAGGCUUAACCUUGCUAUAUGCAGUUAUUCUUGUAUACUUUUGCACAUAUUUUGUUUUUAGUACAGUUUCAUAUUUGAGUUUGCAAAAUUACCUAAUAGUCCUUUUUGCUAACAUUUUUAUAAUGUGGUUCUUAUUUAACUGUCUAGUUUUGAUAGAAUUUUAUCAGGUCUGGCUGAAAUUAAAAUAUUGGCAGGUGUCAUUUUUAUGGUUUAAAAUGCUCUCUUAUUUAUGGUUUUUAGCUCUUGUUUCUGUAAGGGAAUUUUAAAGGAAAGAAAAACACUAAAACACUUUGAACAGGAACAAUUCAUAAUGAAAAUGAAAGCAAAUUCUUGAGACUAUAUUAAAAAGAGAUGGGAAUUUGAUUACACUAAGAUGACAUUUAUUUACAAAAAAAAAAGCCUCAAGUUGCCUUUUCCUUUCUUUCUUCCCCCUUUUUGGUAGUUUUCCAAACUGAAGCGACUUUUAGCCUUUGUAGGUAGAUCAUGAGAGAGGCUAUUUUUCUUACUAUAAUAUCAACAUCUUGAAAUUUUAAAAAUUCUAAUGUAUGAAUGUGACUCUAAAUUUUUAUCAACUAAUUAUUUUUUACAAAAGGCACUUUCCAGGUUAACAAUUAGUUUUCUUUACAACUUGAAUUGUAAGUUGAACACAUCUUUAACCCUGCAUGAUUUUGAUUUCAUAUAUCUUAAUUAAUCCUUGCUGGAGUUAAAGAUGGUUUAAUGUUAUUUGUAUACAGAACUGACUUCCUCCACUGUGGACUCCCCCCCCCCCCCCAAUGAUCUUAUUUUCACUUACCACCUUCCAAACCUCCAUAAGUUAUACCCAGAGGUGCAUGUUUAAGAGUUCUGAACCUAACCAAGUCUCUUGUCAAAACACUGCUGAAAUGAUGUCGUCUCGGUGUCCUUUCCUGUGUUACAGAGCAGAAGUUGGGAAGGGAGACAGGAGAAUGCCAGAACUAGAUUGCAGCUGUGCUCUUAUUGUAUAUAUUGAAAUAACCUAAGAUAGUAGGACACAGAAGGAAGGUACAGUAAGCAGCUAGGGGACUGAGCUGUGCCCUUUUAGCCAAGGUUCAGGAAAUAGUCCAGACUGUGGUCACUGAUAUCAACCCUACAGGUGGAAGUUAACUUCAGAGCCCUCAAAAUACUAAGAAUUUGGAUGUUAACAUACACUGAUUUCUCCCCCCUACCCCCAUUAAUUUUGAAUGUAUUAAGGCAGAUUUCGGAAUGCUUAUCUGAAAAUUUUAUAGGAGGAAAAAACUAUUUGCAUUCAGUACAUUAUCAACAAAAACGCAUUAAUGUUGUUUAUGCCCCACCCUAUUAUCCCACUUCAAUGGGGAAAAAAAUUAAGCUAGAUUUUGUAGGACAGAAACAAUUCACUUAUAAGCGUAGGAAUUUUCUAGGCCUUGGUAUUGGCAUAUGAAAAAUGCACUUUCCAGUUGAGCUGUGGCAAGAAGGUUCACCCUGUUUAUUCUUUAGGUUUGGUUACUAAUAAAUGAAAUUCUCAUUUUUAAAAAUUCUGCUAGUGUAUACAAAGUUUUACGUAUGUCAUUACAGGUUCAGUGAAUUUUUAGUCAUGUAGUAAUAUUUAUAAGCGUUAGGGAUUCUUUUUCUUUUCAGAAUAACUUUCUUUUGGGAUCAGGGAGAGUAACGGAUCGCACCAUCAUGGAGUGGUGUGAAUAAAAGGCUGUGGGUCUAGGAGAAUAACUUGCAUGCUCUUAUUUGAAACCAUUCAACCAAACUACUUUACUCUCCUACCACUUUUCUUUCUCUCUUGGGGAAAAAAAUCAUACUUCUUAAUUACUUAAGCAAUUAUGUCAGGCAGUGUUUGUGAGCUACUCAGAAACCAAUUAUGGGUGAGGGUGGAGGAGAAACCAGUUGCAGGACCCUGACGAUUUCCAGCCUGAGCAACCUCUGUCUGUUGUGAAAUAGUCUGUGGAAAAGAUUUGGCUAUUUGCUUAUCGUUUGCCAGAGGUUGCAGACCUGGGCAAUGUUAGCCGAUAUGUCAAAAAGAUCCAUCGGGUUCAAGUUUUCAAGCCAUUUCAGGAUCCUUUGCUACUCUCCUCUGAUGCGCCAUCAUGUAAGUGAAGUUCUCCCCUUUCCUCUCCUCUAACCACCUUCCCACCCCCUUUUCAUUAGAAGAAACUUGUUUUGUUUGUCUCUACCCCCCUUGGAUUUUAACUUUCCCACUAAGGUGCUUCGGUCAGAUAUGUUAGGGACCCAAAAAUAGCCUUACUGGUCAAAUUGACCCAAGUUUAAAUAGUGUUAGCAAUUCUUUUGUAUAAAAAAAAAACCAAAAAAGUAAAAAAGCAAAAAAAAAAACCCUUGGUAUGACUUUGAACCCUAAAAUGUGGUCAGUUAUUUAUUCGGUCAGUUUUAUACUCUAGAAACCACAGUAUGUGCUGGAGGAGGCCUAGGACAGGAGGGGGAAAGGGAAGGGGGGGGACCCUGCCGGUCGGGGGGGCUUUGGGUGGGUGGGUUCCACCUUGUGCUGUUUACAGUCUUUCUGAGCUCACACAAAGUACAGCUCAUGAUAUUCUCCAUCUUCCUUUUUGCUGUUACUGUUUCUAAUGUGUACUGUAUGUAUGUAUUAAUAUUGCACAGAUUGUGGAAAAAUUAUAUGGUUUAUUUUUCACAAGUGGAAAUCUCACACAAACCUUGCUUACUUUUUACAAGUGUUACAACUGAAAUAUUUACCAAACUGUUUUCAUAAUCCUGGAGCAGGCUGCUUUUUUGAAUUUGUGCUGACUAUUGACACUAUUUACUGUAUAAAUAUAAUUUAUCAUUUGUAUCAUAAUGUUAUGUAUCUCUCUGUGUCAUUUUUUUUACCCUAAAGAUGUCAUACUGACAUGUUUGAUGCCAGCAGAACAGUGGAAAGAAGAGGGCCUGUAGCUGCACUGGUCAGAAUUAAAAUUGUACUGCUUA